UUCGUUUAAGAUCAAGAUCGUUGCCAUUUUCACUCGCAGGAGUUGGACAAUUUUAUGUUGGGGUGUCUCUUCUCAGUUUCUGUCGCUAAGAGCUCGACAUGAUUAGUCAACUAUACAUAACGCCAUCUCCAAUUCUUCGCUUUACCUCUUCUUCUUCUUCCAUUGAACCUCACUUGCACCUCUCGUUCAAGCAUAGAAUCCCAGAGCCCAACCCAUUCGGACUCUCCGUCCGCCGAAGCGCGUCGUUGAAUCCAUCCGCCAUGACCGCCGGAGAAACGCCGGACAGAUGGUCUCUCCACGGCAUGUCUGCUCUUGUCACCGGCGGCACUCGCGGAAUCGGUCGCGCGGUCGUGGAGGAAUUGGCUGGUUUUGGUGCGGAGGUACACACGUGCGCUCGGAACGAGAGCGAGCUCGAGAAUUGCUUGCGGGACUUGAACGGUUCGGGUUUUCGGGUUACUGGGUCGGUCUGCGAUGUCUCGGAUCGAGAUCAGAGGGUGAUGCUGAUGGAGGCUGUGUCGUCUGUCUUCGACGGGAAGCUCAAUAUACUUGUAAACAAUGUGGGAACGAAUAUCAGGAAACCGAUGGUAGAGUUCACGGCUGGAGAAUUUUCAACCCUCUUGUCGACAAAUUUUGAAUCUGUUUUCCAUCUAUGCCAACUUUCUUAUCCGCUUCUUAGAGCAUCUGGGGCUGGAAGUGUUGUGUUCAUCUCUUCCAUAUCUGGUUUUGUCUCACUCAAGAAUAUGUCUGUCCAAUCUGCAACCAAAGGAGCAAUCAACCAACUUACGAGGAAUCUGGCUUGCGAGUGGGCUAAGGACAAUAUAAGGAGCAAUGCUGUUGCACCUUGGUAUAUCAGAACAUCAAUGGUGGAGCAAAUCCUUAUCAAUGAAGACUACCUGGAAGAAGUAUACUCGAGAACUCCUCUCCGCCGGCUUGGAGAACCGAGAGAGGUUGCCUCUGCAGUGGCCUUCUUAUGCUUACCUGCUUCCUCAUUCAUUACAGGGCAAGUUAUUGGUAUUGAUGGAGGAAUGUCCAUAAACGGUUUCUACCCAAAGACAUGACUAUCUUCACUUCCUUUGUCACUUUACAAGAUUUGCCGUCAUUCAUUCUAUUUUGUGAACUUUUUGUUAUUCAACCUCACUUUUUCUGUGUGUGGAAAGACAGUUUGAUGUAUGAGGCUGAGGCCAAUCUGAAUGUACCAGGCGUAGAAGGAAAAAAUAAUAUCCCGUUGCUCCCCGAUAAGACGGGCCUGUUCUGGAUGGACCACA